GCCGACCCGAGUCGAUCUUACACAGCAGUAUCAUGACUUGACUUCGUGAGACAUAUAUAGAGCGCGUCUGCCACCCGAACGGUGGACUAUUCUUACUGUCACACAGAAUCGGCUUUUGUUUCAAUAUCAUCAGAGCUCGUCAACAAUCUACUGCUUGCUUCAUAUAGUCUCACCCUAGCCAUCUCAGCAGUUGGAAUCCACCAUGCCGAAGACAGACGUUCUGAUAGUAGGGUCAGGCUCUGCAGGUAUAUUUGCAGCAACUUGGCUCGCGAUCUACGGCAUCCCCUUCACAAUACUUGAACGACGUUCUGGGCCUCUCGAGGUAGGACAAGCUGAUGGUGUGCAAGUCCGGACUGUUGAGAUCUACGAUUCUUUCGGGCUCGCCGAGGAUCUGCUAAGAGAGGCUUACCACAUCUACGAAGUGUGUUUCUGGGGCACUGACGAGGAGGGUGGCAUCAAGAGGAAUAGUAGAUCAAUUGACACGGAGCAGGGAUUGAGCCAUUUGCCGCACGUUAUCUUGAAUCAGGCGCGUAUGAACGGGCUAAUGCUCGGCAAGAUGGAGAAGAUCAUGAGAGAGAAAGGGUCUUGGAAUGAGGGAACUGCGAAUGGGAUUGAGUACGGAUGGACUGUGACAGGGAUCGAUGUCGAUCAAGACACUGUUUCCGAGCUGGAUGCGCACUGUGUCCGCGUCUCCGCCACCAAAGACUCACAGGUCGAAACCUGGGAAGCGAAGUACGUUUUGGGCUGCGACGGCGCACACUCCACUGUCCGCCGCUCCCUCAAUUAUCGCAUGCUCGGCGACUCGACUGACACUGUCUGGGGCGUCAUGGACAUUUACCCAUUGACUGAUUUCCCUGACAUCCGUCGCAAAUGCACCAUUCACUCCUCUUCUGGCAACUUGCUCAUUAUUCCACGUGAGGGUGGAUCGUUAGUCCGCUUCUACAUCCAGCUUCCCGCGGGCUCCCAACCCAAGGAUGUCACACUCUCGGAUCUCCAAAACACCGCAAAGAAUAUAUUCGCACCGUAUAGCAUGGCCUUCGCUGAUACGUUUUGGUGGAGUGCAUACUCAAUCGGCCAGCGCCUAGCCGACAACUUCCACAAGGACAUGCGAAUCUUUCUCACCGGCGAUGCAUGCCACACACACUCACCCAAGGCAGGCCAGGGCAUGAACGUCAGUCUGCAGGACGGAUACAAUCUCGGCUGGAAACUUGGGAGCGUGCUUUCCCGCCUCUCGCCGCCAUCUAUUCUACCAUCGUACGUCUCUGAGCGUAGCAAAACCGCCGCCGAUCUGAUAGCGUUCGAUCGCGAGCUGAGUCGCUUGUUUAGCAGGAAGGAAGAAAAGGUGGGCGAAUUCGCGGAGUACUUCACUAAGAGUGGUCGAUACAUGGCUGGGUUUACAGCACGGUACGAGGACUCCCCAAUCUCGAAUAUGGAACAAAGUAAGGAGGAAGUGGCGACCGGCAUCAAUGUUGGUAUGCGGUUCCCCAACGCGCAGGUGGUACGAUUCUGCGAUGCGCGGCCCGUGCAGCUGCAGAGCGCGUGUAAGAGUGACGGGCGGUGGAGGGUUGUUGUUUUUGCUGGCGAUGUCGUUCAAAACCCUGCAAGCAAGGAUAAGAUGGAGAGACUCGCUUCUACGCUUGAAGAGACACUCAAGCGCUUCACGCCAUUGGGAAGUCACCUGGACAGCGUCAUCGAACCUCUGCUUAUUCUAAGCACACGCUUCAGGGAUACUGAGCAGCUGCUGAUCCCUGAUGUCUUCAGCCCGAAGACAGGCAAGUGGGGUAUAAAGGACUUGCACAAGACCUAUAUUGAUGAUGAGCACUAUAAUGCUGGACAUGGGCAAGCGUACGAAAAGUACGGUGUUGAUCCUGAGAAAGGAGCGCUGGUAAUCGUACGGCCUGAUCAAUAUGUCGCAAAGACUUUGAGCUUGGAAGAUGGAGCGGGUGUGGAGGAGUUCUUCGCAGGAUGUCUGCUGGAACAGAACACUCAGGCAAACGGGACAGGUAAACAUUGAGCAGCCCUGACAAGUAGUGUUUCUGUACUAUCAAGGGCCAUAAUGCAUUGAUACUAGCC